CAUUCCCAGUUUUAGUCUUUGAGUGAAUUUGUUUUCGAACGUACCACCUUGAAUCUGGUUUAAAGUAGAAAGCCUGCUUGAGUUGUAAUCAUGAAGCGGUGCUUAGUUGUUGUAUUUUUAUUAAAUUACUUUCUGAGCCGCGAUGUCGCCGCCAAUGUAAUACAGGAUCGUAAUCUCUUUGCCACCGAACUCUUUCAAACGAUCGCCAGCGAGAAGCAGAACGAAAAUGUGAUCAUCUCACCGGUGGCAAUACAAACUGCGCUCGGUUUGGCAUACUACGGCGCCGAUGGUAAAACCGCUAAGGAGUUGCAACGCAGCUUACAUGCACAGUCGCAGAGUCGCAGCGGCAUUGCGAAGAGCUAUUACAAGCUGUUGCAUUCUUUUGUCAAGCCAAAGACCACAUUGGAGAUCGCCAAUAAAAUCUACGCAAAGGAUGAGUUGGUCAUUGAACCGGAAUUCCGUGAAGCAGCACAGAAGUACUUUGACUCCGAUGCCGAGCAAUUGGAUUUCACCGAUGAACCAAAAGCCGUAGACUUGAUCAACAAGUGGUUGACCGAGAAGACGAAUGACAAAAUACAAAAUGUUUUGAACAAUGUCGAACCCGAUAUUAAUGUAGCGCUUGUCAAUGCAAUCUACUUCAAAGCCAAGUGGGCACGUCCUUUCAUGGAUGAUGCCACAUCGGAUCGUGUAUUCUUUAUUAACGCAAACGAAACGGUUAAGGUGCCCACUAUGUUCGCCGACAAUUGGUACAACUAUGCCGAAUAUGCAGAAUUGGAUGCCAAGGCGAUUGAGUUAUUCUUCGAGAAUACCGAUUUGCGUAUGUGGUUUAUAUUGCCGAAUCAACGUAACGGUCUUUACGAGUUGGAACAAAAAUUGAAGGGUGUGGACUUUGAUGAGCUCGAAAAGCGUUGGGAAUGGAGCAGCGUAACGGUGAAUUUACCGAAAUUCGGUUUCGAAUUUGAUACUGACUUGAAGCCAUAUUUGCUGAAGCUGGGCAUCAAGACCAUGUUCACCGAUGAAGCCGAUUUUAGCAACAUUUUCCACGAGUCACCAAUCAGCACACGCGUCUCACGUGUUCAACACAAAGCUUUUAUUGAUGUGAAUGAGAUCGGUUGCGAAGCGGCUGCUGCUAGCGUUGCUGUGGGCGUGCCAAUGUCCUUGCCGUGGGAUCCGAAAACUUUCAUUGCUGAUCAUCCCUUCGUAUUCAUCAUUCGUGACCCUCAUGCCAUCUACUUUACUGGCCACAUUGCCAGAUUUUAGUUAAGGAAGUUUAAGAAGCAGUUUUUACUGUCGCUUAUAUCUAUUUAGUUUUUAAGAGACAUUCAUGAAUUUGCACUUAAAUAUUUAAUAAAUCAUAAGCUUACAUAUUGAA